CGGCGGCAGCCUGGACCCUAGUGUAGCUGCACACAUGCACGCGACAGCAUCUAUCCACUGCCGCUGCCGCUUCUUGCAUUGCUUCUCGGGCUUGCUUCCUUCCGAUUGUGAUAAUAACGGAGCGCCCGGAGGCUUUAGUGAGUGACUGCCACUACUUUUGGCCAGUUGCAUCCACACCCUACUAUUCUUCUAAUCUUGUCGACUAGUUAUAUUAUUGGACGAUUCAAUUACUCGGACUUGUAUAGCAGUGGGAUUUUGUGGAGAAACAAUAGCGGGAGAGAUUGAGAAAGGAAGUAGUGUGAUUCGUGAAGUGCUACCGCGCGUGCGAGUAACAUUUUAUUGGUCGGUUGCCUAAGUAUUGAACAGAUUGAUGAUCGUACCAGCAUGUCAUUUUCGUAGUUACUUGAUGAGUGAAAUCGUGACAAGACGUUGACAGGAUUGUCUGUAUGACAGGUGUUAGUCACGCUAUGGAAACCUGUCUCAACUACUGGAACGUUAUCCCUUCAUAACAUUUGUGAUAUAGUGAAUGAUUUUUCAGAAUUAGUGUUCAUGUACAGAGUGACAAUUUGAUAUUCAAUUAUUAGCUUGACAUUGGAUCUCACGUGGUGUUUGUGUUGGUUGACAAUUAAGGAUGUCAGUGCGUGAUUGGUGUGAAGGAUUUUAAGUGUUUCUGUAUUAUUGUACAUCCUGAGGAGGAUUUAUUUAAUAAACCAGAAUAUUUUAUUCAAUUAAUAACAAAUUAAGGGAUUGAUCAAGAUUAUUUAUGCAAAUUAUUGAUUUAAUAACAAUAAAUAAAUAGUUUUGGACCUGACAACAGUGUCUUCGAGAGACGUUUCAGUAUCCAAGAUCACGGUGGCGGGCACCGGGGUCCUCACUUUUUCGGGACUGAUUGUUGAAAAAGGUUUAUCACCAGGUGGACAGUCCAAGACAAAGUCCGCAGGGCUGGCGGGACUUGAUAGUGAGACGGUGCGCCGGUGGGUCGCGGAGGCCACGCGAACCGUCCGCCAGAUACCUCCGCCUGUUUUGGUACCAUCUAGUUCUCAACAUCAACUCUAUCAACAUCACCAACAAACCCAACAACAUUCAACUCGACGUCAAUCACUUGAUACCAGUCCUUCAUCUGUGGCUCCAUCAAUUGUUUUUCCCACGUCGAUGACUCAAACAUCCAGCAUGCUGGACUUGUUGGAGAACAACUUGAUAACUCAGCAACAUCAAGUCCAACAGCAAGCAGCUAUCCAACAGAAACAAAAACAAACAAGUAGUCCUACAAAUAAUAAUACCAUUGAAGCUUGGAGAUCAAUGCAAGGAAAUCAUCAGUGGUGGAGUCCAGCCAGUAGUGUUCAUCAAGACCAAGAAAUGUCUCCAAUCCCUCAGGUUGGCCAUGUUCAAAACAUGAUUACUGGCUCAUUGAAUCAAGUACAAAGGCUCCAACAAAGUCAACAGUCUGCUUCAUCAGACAUUGAUCAACCCCUUGACUUCUCAGUUGGGUCUCAACAGCAGCAAAGGUUGCACUCACAUGUCAGGACUAUGCACGAAAGGUUGCAAAGCAGAAUGCACGAUAAUAACAACGGAAUUGAGAGUGGACAGAAGAUAGUGCGAGGAAACAGUGGAAGAAGAAGUUAUAGUCCCAGUGAGGCUAGCACCAGCGCCAGUGAAGAUGAGGGAGUUUCUACGGGUGGCAGUCCCUCGGGUCCAUUACGUGGAACAGAAAACGAUUCAUGUGAUACUAUUGCCGACAGAUCCUAUGGAAAAGUGUGGAGAGGUGACAGUGAAGUCACGUGGAGGACUGAACAGCAGCAACAGAAUUUCAAAAGAACAUCACCCUUGAGUGUUUGUGCAAUGACAACGACAACGACUGUUGCUGCUACAACGACUACUAGUACUGGAGUCACAUCACACCCACACCUGUCACCUUUAAUUGCUGUUCCUGUUACUACUCCUGAUCAGAGGACUACCAUCACCUUGCAAGCCAAACAAGGUGUUUCUCCAGUGAGUGACACGCUCGGGAGAAUCGAUAAAGAGCCAGCAUCCCCGGAAUCCGUUCAAGAUGCCGAUUUGCAUGGUGAUGUUGAUGCUCCUGAGCUCAGUGGAGAUGAUAGGAGUAUUGCCAGUGACGUGCAAGAUGCAAAUGAAGCAAUUCUGGAUCAUGACUCGAUGGACUCGGAUCGAGGAGCUCUUAACCUGGUUACUGAUGUCUCACAACGGAAUAGCAGUAGUGGAACGAGUGGGAGUGCAUCUUCGCCAAGUUCUGGAGUGAGCAGUCAAUUAACCGGAAGUCAUGCUGGUAAUACGGGAAACUCACAAGCAGCAUUGGCAGCACAAUUGGUUGGUCAACAACUAUUGAUGCAUGGCUCUCUUGGUGCAUUGAGUUCUCAAGAAAUUCAAGCACUAGCUUCAACGUUUCAGCAACAGCAGCAAUCACUCCAACAACAUCUUCAACAGAUUGCCAUGUUUCAAGCUAACCCUGCAGCAUCGGGUCAACUUCCUACACAGGCGCAGUUCUUUUUGCAAAAUCAGGGGCUGUUGCAGAGCGGCAGUUACCCUCAGAGAUCAAGUUAUACACAUUCACAGUCUAUCCAGGUGCAGCAGGCUGUAGCUCAAGCGGCGCAACAGCUCCAGGCUCUUCAAAAACAGCAGGCUCUUCAGGGAGGUGGUGGUCUCGUGGGAAGAAACGUGACACAGCAAAGGUCACCACCUCCUCCUGGCACACCACCAGCUGUAAAACCACCAUCUACACGACUAGAACCUUCCCCGGAGGAAACGACGGAUCUUGAAGAGCUAGAACAGUUUGCUAAAACUUUUAAACAAAGACGUAUUAAGCUUGGCUUCACUCAAGGUGAUGUUGGACUUGCUAUGGGAAAACUUUAUGGAAACGACUUCUCACAAACUACUAUUUCAAGGUUUGAAGCAUUGAAUCUCUCCUUCAAAAAUAUGUGUAAAUUGAAACCACUUCUCCAAAAAUGGUUAGAAGAUGCAGACAAUUCGUUAAACAAUCCCAACUCCUUAUCAAAUCCAAUGACGACACCGGAAGCUAUUGGAAGACGAAGAAAGAAAAGAACGUCAAUUGAAACUAGUGUUCGUGUUGCAUUAGAAAAAGCAUUUGUACAAAACCCCAAACCGACGUCUGAAGAAAUUACUGUUCUUGCUGAUAGCUUAGCAAUGGAGAAAGAAGUAGUGAGAGUGUGGUUUUGUAAUAGGCGGCAAAAAGAAAAAAGAAUUAACCCACCUACAGCAGCAAUGGGAAGCCCCACAAUGGCAUCUCCAGCACCUUCAGUCUUUGCAUCUCUAGCUAGUUCGAUGUCAGCGAGUCCAUUAGCACUUACGACACAUUCUUCGGGGAUGGGACACUCUCAUUCCCAUGCAACACCUCUAGGAUCACCAUUACCUUUAGCUCUCGUUGCAUCAGCUGGAGGAAAUUAUCAUGCUUUAAGUAGCAAAUCUCACGAGUGACAUCAACCUGCGACCCACCAAGGGGACGCUCUCUUUUAUCACCAAUCUCAUCAUCAUCAUCGGCAAACACAGCAACAACCAAAUCAUCAACUUCAUCAUCAUCAACAUCAACGACUCUCGUGCAAUCUUCCUGAAUUUUAUCAUUAAUCUAACAAUCAUCGAGGAAUGGAAAAUCAACUGAUAGAUUUAUUGAUCACUGUGAUCAAACUUCAUCUAAGUUGUGUUUUACUGAUGCUGAGUUAACUAAUGGACCAUCAAAGUUAACCGAAAGAUGUGAUGAGAUAAUCAAUCAAUGAUUUUACCUACUCGAUAAAUACAUAAAGAUAAAUAGGCAGCUUAAUGAAUUAAGUUUAUUCUUGAAGCGAGAAUUUUAAAAUAAAUCAAAGGCUGUUGUUUUGAUGUCAUAACUUUGCACUUUAAAAGUGUGUAUUAAAUAAACCUAAAAUAUUAGAUAAUAUUUGGCGACAAUAUAAGUGAAGUUUUUCGCCAAUCUUGAAUUCUCUUCAACGAUAAUGGUUGAUGUAUAUAAAUAGAUAAAAGAAAAAACUUUAAUUAGAAUUAAUUAUUACUGUUGUUUGUAUGAAUCAAGGAGGCAAUUCCAAAGAUUCUCAUAAUUAUAAAAAUCGUUGAGUUAAAAACGAAUUAGAAAAGGUUUCAUAUACUUUAUCGAUAUCAAAAAAUUUUUUCGUUAUUUAUUAUUAAUAAAAAAAAUAAUAUGCGUAUCUGAUAACCAUAAAUACUUCAAUGUAAAUUAAUUCCUUUUUAAUUUCCUUUAUUUAUAAUUAUUUAUUAGGAAUUAUUUUUAAACAUUAAAUAUGUUGAAAUUUUUAUUUUUAUAAGAAAAUGCAAUUUACGACUGCCAAUUUGUAGAUUAUAUUUUCUUAAACAGAAUAUUAAUCUUGAAUUCUAAGGGAAAUUGUAAGGAUAUCAGGACGUAUAAGAUUAAAAAAAGCUAGUUUUAUUCAUAAUUUUGGUAUCGAUAGAGAUAAUUGGAAAACGUGCGAUUUAAUAAAUAGUGUAUUCACUUAAAAACUUCAUACAUAUGUAUACAAUCGUACACAAAAAAAUUUAUACAUAAAUGUAUAUAAUUGUAGUAAGUGAAUUAUAAUAUUUUAAGUAUGCAUCGACUGUUUGACUAUAUAUAUAUAUAUAUAACUAUAGAUA